GCGAACCAAUAACAAAUCAGCGCGGUUUAUUGUUGAUGUCUGCAGUUGGUGAACAUGCUAGAUGACGAUUUAUGUGAUUUUGUGAAAAGUAAAGCGUCAAAAUACUAAAUAAAAUUAUACCCGUUUCAGCAUAUUGAGAACUUGUGCGGAAACAGUUUUCAAACAUUCUCGUCUCCCUGCAACAAAAUUUCAAAUCAAGUUGGAGCAUGUUAAGUUUUUUGAAGUAUUGUGACAGAUUGCAAACUUCAAUACGAAACUGAAAAAGAACAUGGCUGAUGCUUCGGCAUCCUUAACGUUAAUGAAAAAUGUUCAGGAUUUACGACAGAGACUAGUUGACACCGAGAAAACGUUGAAGAAAAUAAACAAGCUUGAAUCAGAAGUUGAUCCCAAUCAGGAGAGCAAUGAUGAACGCCGGUCAGCUGGUCUGUACCAGGGAGGACAGUUUGUGUCGUCGUCACUCUCUUAUGACUACCAGAGACGAAGGGACAGCAAUGAUGACUUCAUGGAUCGGGAAAGCAUACGUUCAGGACUCAGCACAUUGCCUGAUUCAUAUACAGGAUUCCUCAGUCGACAGUUCCCGUCAAGUACACCAAACAGACCACAGACCAAACACCAACUGUUGGAAGACUAUGACUCUGACAACUCGAUUGUGGGACUGUCCGAUGCUCUCAACAUGGAGUCAAAGCAGUCAGGUGUCUCCAACACUAGCCGGAAGGUGAUGAGACAGAAUCAGCGGCUCUUGGCUGAGGUGGAAAAAUUAGCAUAUGAACUUCAAGCAGCUAAAAGCAAGGCACGUGAGCUGUCUCGUGAAAUGGAGAGUCAGAAGGAGAUAGUACCUGAACUGGAGGACAAAAUUGUCGGACUUCAAGCAGAAACAGAGGCUCAAGAUAAGGCCCUGAGGAGUGCGGAGGAGAGGUUUGAGGACGGCCAGCGUGAGGUGGCUCAGCUGCAACAGAAGAUGUCACGGUGCCAACAGGAAGUAGAGGACAUGAGGACAGAGCUUCGUGAGGAGAGGACGAUUCGUAAAAAUCUUGAAACACAGAGAGAUGAAGCCCUGCAGACCUUCCUGGAAUCACAGGACUCACUGGAGGAAUAUCAGAAGAAGAUGAAAGACAAAAUCAAAAAGCUGGAGGGGAAUGAGGACUACCUGAGAGACUCCCUGGCCCAGUCUGCCGGGGAGAGGGAGGAACUCCUGGAGAAGCUCACCCAGCAGCAGGUCGUCCUCGACCAGCAGGAGGAGGAGAUACAGAGGCUCCAGGCGCUGGAGGCUGUGGAGCUGGAGACCAAGGCCGACAUGGAGCAGCAGAACCUUGACCUGCGGGAGAACAUCACAAAAAUUACAACUAGAUUCAACCAGCUGGAGGCGGAGCUGAGCUACAUGGAGAGUGUGAGGCGAGAAAACUUGCGGCUCAAGACUCAGCUGCAGAGUCAGGAACAGCAACUGAAUCAGUGUCAGGACGAGGUGGAGGAAAGUCGUACCAUCCUCGCGCAGCUCGAACAGUUCACCAUGCAGCUCCAUCUCUCACAGACAGGGGCCAACAAUAGCAACAAUGACAGUGGAAUGUCCAGCAUGAAUCAACUGUCUAGUCCAGGAAGACACAGCAAGUCGGGGGCAGCAGUCAGCCUGAGUAACACUGUUGGGUCUGGGUUUGAAUCUCAGCCAGGUGCUACAGUCCGUGGAGGGGGUGCCAGGGCUUUACUGACAGAUCUCAGACUAAAGUUAUCCCUGAAAGAUGCUGAGAUUCAUCGCCUGCAGACAUGUCUUCAGUCUCGAGAGAGAGACAACCCAGCCUCAAUGAUCGAAGGUUUACGAGCAGAUCUGUCAGCCAUGAUGGAUAAAAACCAACAAGGAAGUUUGAAAAGCCAGGAGAUGGAGGGUGUGCUCAGUCGGCUGGAGGCAGACCGAUCUAAACUGGCUGCCCAGCUCUGUGAUAUGAAACGGGAUCUGUCGGACAAGGAUGCUCAGACGUUGUCCCUGGAGGCGCGCCUCACUCAGAGGAACUCCCAGAUCAUCGAGUUCCAGGAGGACGCCAACAGGAAGUGUACAGAGAUAAGCAACUUGGAGAGAGAGCUACGGAAGAAGACAUCCCAGAUGAGCAGUCUGGAGGAACAGUUGGACGAGAAGAUGCGGGAGUUCUCUGCCCACAUUGCUCGGAUGAAGCAGCUGGAGGAGGAGGUGAUCAGUCGGGAGGAGGAGGCAGAUGAACUCCGACACCAGGUGGCAGCACACCAGGCCGAGAUACGGAAGAAACUCAGCAGUGAGGACAAGAAGCAGCAGCUCCAUCAGGAACAUUGUCGCGACUAUGAGAAGCAGAUAGAUAUUCUUCAAAAUGAGUUGGAGAAGACUGGACGUAAGAUGUCUGAGUAUGAGCAUCAGGUGGCUGCGUUGAGGGAGGAAGUGUCCACCAAGUCUGUCCACAGUCAGCACCUGGAGCUCAAGCUGCAGGAAACCAGAGAGGAGCUGAGUUCCCAGACACAACAGAGCCAGGAGGCCCUGCAGAUACUGGAGGUGCGUGCCACAGAGGGCAACAGUCAGGUGAAGCAGCUGGAGUCAGCUCUACUGCUGUGUAAGGAGGAGAUCAGGAGCUACCUCAACACCCUGGAGGAGGCCAAGGACAAGUUUGACCGGGAGAUCGCAAACAGAGAUCAGAGGCUUUCCCGGGCAGAACAGGACUUAAAGGAGACAAGGAUGGAGCUGGAAGAGAAGCUGGACUCCAACCGUGAGAUGGACAGGAUGUUGAUGGAGAGACAGGCCAUGCUGCAGCAGAGCUCCAACAGGAUCACAGAGCUGGAGGAGACUCAGACUGACCUCAACAGACAGAUAUCCAGCCUGGAGCAGCGUCUGCUGAGAGAGAAGGCCCAGUCCAUGACAGAACUGGAGGUGGCUGAGAGGAAGCUCCACCAGGCAUGCAGCGACAUGGAGACCAAGACAGCAGAAGUCACACAACAGACACAGACUCUCAGGGAGUUGAAAGAAGAGAAUCGCCAUCUAACAAGUGAUCUGUCUUCGCUGGAACACCAGCUUCAAGAGACUCAGACAGAGACGGAACAGACAGUAACACGUUGUGCUAAGAUGGAGAAGGACAACCGCGAUCUGCGGGUGCAGCUGGAGCAGAAGAUGGAAAUAGUGGCAGACAUGGAAGACCAGAUGACCAGCAGGUCCGAGGAUGCCCAGCAACAGAUGCGGCUUGUCACGGAACUGGAGGAGGAGAUUAAUAACCUGAAGGUAAACUGCAUCGUCAUAGCAGAUGGAAGCUGGGGCAUGGGAUCUCUGAAGGAGAGCAAAGCAGAGGUGGUCAAAGUAGAUGACCAGCUCCAGAGGUCAAAGUUCGAGGUCAAGGCUAAGGAUGACAUGUUGGAGGACCUCAGGGAUGCUUUGAAGAAGACCCAAGAGGAGUUGGGGAUGAUGAGUGAGGAGAAUGAGGAGAUGAAGGAGUCCCUAGACACCAGACAGGUGGAGCUCAACGAGAGGGUGGCACAGGUGACGAGAUUGGACCAAACAAUCAAGGAGACACACACAGAGAUGGAGCAACGGAUGCUGAAGCUGGACGAAACACUCCAGAAAUAUCAGACUGAGAUACAAGAGAGGACGCGGCAGAUUGCCAACCUGGACGACACCCUGCAGCUGAGUCAGUCUCAGCUGCGAGAGAAGACGCUGCAGUUCCAGCAGUCGGAGCAGCUGCUGCAGCGACACACCAUGGAGCUGCAGGCCGCUACAGUGAAACUGCAGGAACUACAAAAGGUGACAGAGAGGCAGCAGCACCGUCUGGAAGAUCAGAAGGAGGAGAACGUGGACAUCACACAGGAACUACGACUCACCAGGGAGCAGCUGCAGCAGCAACAUGGAGAGUUUAUGGAGACAAGACGAGAAUUGGCCCAGUCACACCGAGAACAGGAUCGAUUUGCUCGGGAGUUAGAAGAGGCUGUCCUCCUAGCGCAGAACAGAGACUCAGAGGUCACACGUCUUGAGGAGCAGCUGAAGGAAUGUCACGGUCGGGAAAGUCAAACAGAGGCUAGAUUUAUGUCUGAAGUUGAGACAUUGAAGGAGGAAAUUGAAGCCUUACAACAGAAACACCAGGAAGAGUUGGCGAGUUGCCAUGACAGUCAGCAGGAGCGCCAGUCAAACUACGCACAGCUAGAAGGUCAGCUGAAGGUUGCCCAGCAACAGCUCUUGCAGCAGGAUGACCAACACAAGGAGGCACUGGAGAAGGUCAAGGACGACCUGGAU